GACAGCGUUAUGGCUGGAAGCCAGCCACGCCUGUGUGAAGCCUCGCCGUCCUUGAGCCCGCCACAGGCACCCGAACGGACACGGUCCUCCCACAUCCAUUGGUUUCUGGAUAACGCGGAGGCUCACCGGUACCAGGAACGUGCGGCGCCUGCAUCUUCCCGGUUCACUUCAAGGUUUCCGUCAGGCUAAGCGCUCAAGUUCAACUCCAGAUGCCCAUGGCAGAUGUUGAUGUGGUGCUCAUCUCGAUUGGCGUUUGUCAGUUGUGGAGAACAGACUGCUAUUUAUGCUGCAACCACUGAACUGGCAAUGGCCUCAUUAGCCUCCUUGUAGUACAUGUACUCUCUCUUCUGCAGCAGAGAGAACGACAGAGAGAGGAGCCAAGUAGUGAAAGAUGGGAGGGCCGGUGAGGUCGAAAUCGAAGGCUUUCAUGUGCAUAGCGCACCUACUGGCGGCGACGGCGGCCGUGAUGGUUCUGGUGUGGUGCAUCCACUUUCGUGGUGGCUUGGCCUUUGAGUCUGCCAACAAAUCGCUCAUCUUUAACGUGCAUCCGGUCCUCAUGUUGAUCGGCUUCAUCAUCAUGGGCGGUGAAGCUACGAUGAGCUACAGAACUCUUCCUUGGAGCAAACGAGUAAAGAAGACUAUCCAUUUGAUCCUUCACGCAAUUGCCCUUGUGCUUGGCGUCUUUGGAAUCUAUUUUGCCUUCAAGUUCCACAACGAAAGUGGAAUCGAUAACCUCUACAGCUUGCACUCCUGGAUGGGGCUUGGGACGAUCUGCCUCUAUGGCAUUCAGUGGAUUUUCGGGUUCGUCACCUUCCUCUAUCCUGGAGCUUCAGUGUUCCUUAGAACAGCGUAUCUUGCAUGGCAUGUACUGUUUGGCAUCUUCGUCUACCUACUGGCGAUUGCAACUGCCGAGUUGGGGUUUCUGGAGAAGCUCACCUUCCUUGAGACCUCAGGAAUAUUACACAGUGCAGAAAACAGGCAAAGUGUUGACCACAGAGCAGAGCAGGGAAAGUGCCCUCUUUCCACUGACACAACAGAGAGAGAGAGAGAGAGAGAUCAGUGGUCGGUGGAGCAGCAGCUGAAUAGGAGAAGAAGCUGCUCUGGAGUCCAAUAAUGGCGAUGAAACAAAAGGAAGUCGGAGACAUGCUACUGUGCUAAGAGGUGGGAUUCGUCAGAGGCCAUUCUGAGAGCUUUCUUAAAUGAGCUCCCAAAGCAAACUACAUCUCUUCUUAUAAAACAAGAGAAAGAACAGUUCAUUUCA